GCACAGCUCAAACUGAAGUGUUCAUUUUGAAUAGCACGACACUGCUCCUGGCACAUUUUAAACCAGAACUCACCAGUAUGGGAAGGAUGAUUAUUUUAUGUAUACUUUUCUUGAGUUCCAGCAUGGCACUGACUGCAGCUCCAUACAAAACAGCAAAAUACAAACAGCUUCUGAAGACAAUUAAACUGUUAGAAACCUCAGUGAAAGUUAAGGAUGUUGAACUGCUGCAUACACCAGAAAACCCUGUGGAUGGAUGCAUCUUCACAGCUGUGACCUGCUUCCAGAAGGGCACACUGAAAUUACAACCAGAAAACAGCCAAGUAAAUUCUACAUUUAUCCAAACCAUUAAAAUCUUGAAAAGAUUUUCCUUCAGUGACCCUGGAAAGGUAAGAUUUCCUCACAAUGCUCACAAUCCUGAUCACUGCUCCUUAUCUUCCCUAACAGACACCACGUGCAAUGGUGGAACUGUAGAGAGUAAACUUGGUAGAAAAAGUUAUGUGUCUUUCAUUACCUUGGAAAUUAAAAAUGUUCAAUUUUCUGCGCUUCUGGAAGAGGCAUUCAUACUGAUCCUAUCAGUCAACUGCACGUAUGUACUGGGCAGCCACAUGAUGUGCCAGACAAAAGGACAGGGAUUACUGCAAAAAAUGAGUGACAUGAUUCUCUUUAUCUUCCAGCCAUGCGAGUCUUCAUGUGAAUCUUAUGAGAAAAAAAACCCCAAGGAGUUUUUGACGAGCUUUGCAAAACUAAUCAAAAAGGUAAUCACAGUUGAAUCCUCUUGGGUGCUUUUUGACAUUUUGCAAACAAACAGAGGUAUCUUACUUUACAUUAUUUCUGACAAUGCAUUGUUUUUGCAGUUAUUCAAGGAUUAACACAGGACACACCAGAGCUGAAGACUACUGAAAAUCUACUAUUUAAAGCAGACACUAUGCUAUUUAAGACAACAUGAAAAAUGUAAAUAUUUUGUGUUGAUACUGUGCUAUGCUCUGUAUGUGUUGUGCAUGAAAUCUUCACCCAAAAUAUUAAGCAGUCUCAUUUGGGUAGCCACUCAAAUGGCAGAUGGUGCUUUGAAAGUGACUCUAGCCUCACUUUGCAGUGAAAAUUAAAUUGUCA